AUGGGUUCUAACAGGAUUAUAGCUAAUUAUCAGGGUUUCAACAGCUCAAUUGGUUCGUACCGGACGAUUGUACAGAGUGUGACCAAUUCGCAGAACAACAUCGACUCGACGAAACAGCUGAUUCUCAAGGCCAGACAGGAUCUUUCUACGAGAAGACCGAUAUUAAAAGAGUUGCGAGCCAGUUCGUUGAAAUACGAUCAUAUGAUCAAGAUUCUUGAUCUGAUCGAAGAAUUGAGGUCUGUUCCGGAUAGACUCGAGCUUGAGAUUGCACAGAAACAGUUUCUGUCUGCUCAUGACACGCUAUCAACUGCACUGAGGACAAUUGAUAAUGAAGAUCUGGCUAAAGUUGGCGGUUUACAGCCAUUACAAGCAUACUUGUCGUCUCAGGAAUCGUCGUUAUUUAGCAUUCUGAUUGAAGAGCUGUCAAAUCAUCUAUAUUUGAAAUCACCAUAUUGUGACACCAGAUGGAGCUCAUACUCUCAAGGUGGAGAUCAAGUGUCAAGUAUUGAGCAGUUAAUAGAAGAUAAAGUCAAGUUUGAUAUGAGUGAAGAGUCGUUGUCAUUUUCAGGAUCGGCUUUAUUGGAUGAAUUUCUCAGUAAUUUUGAUAGGACGACACAGUUGUCGGCAGAGAACCAGAUUAGUGAGGUAGGUUCUUUCAACUAUAUCCGGUUGGUUGUGGAGACUUUGGGUCGUUUGAAUAAACUGCCAAAUGCAUUUGAUUUGCUACAUCAACGACUGCCAUUAGAAUUGAGUAAAGUCAUUGAUAAGACGGUGUCUGAAGUGCGCCAAGGUGCUCCUAAGAGUCUUAUUUUGGAAGAUACACCAGAGGGAUUUGACGACGACCCUAGGGUUGUGGCCAAUGGAGGUACAUUACAAACUGGUCAGGUUCUUGUAGGUGCUACUAGAAGUCGAAGUAGUACAACUUCUGGGGCAACUAGUGUGGUGAAUGGUUCCAGUGCUGGAGGUGCCAGUAAUAGACUCAGUGCAGCCAGCAAAGAUGGUUCUGGAACCGUGGUUGGAGGGGCUGCUGAGUUGUUUUCUGAGCUGGAAAACCCUCAAAUUGAAGCCCGUCUGGCUGUUCUUAAAGAUUUGGCAUGGACAUUAUACUCGAAGUUUAUAGCUAUUUUACAAGGACACCGUGUUGUGUAUGAAGUUGUGGCAGCUAUUUCAAGCAGAUUAUCUGGACAGGGCCAAAGUGCACUGCUCAGUUAUGACUAUUUUGCAGUUGUUAGCAGCAUAGAAACCGAGAUCAUUCAACUAAUGAAGGCAUAUAUCACAACAAAACGAACCAUUCGACCGGAUACACCUAAAGCACCACCAACUUUCAAAAGACAAAUGUCGAUUUUCAAGUCACAACAAAAAACCCGAUCAGUUUUCAAGUUUGCCAGUUCGGAUAUUGAUAAUUUUGAGAUCAAAGAGCAAUAUGAUCUUUUGAAAAAGAAACUAGAAAACACCGUUCCUGGCCUUGUUCUUAACGAUACUGGAAACAACCUAAGUCUGAAACAAGCCGUUAUGCCAUAUGCUCCUACCGACAAAACCCUGAACCAUUCAUUACUGAUUGCUCCAAAUGUGCUAAAUGUACGGGCACUGUUAGAACCAACAGUAGUAUUCCUUCAAAGGGCAAAGGUAGUCCAUCCAUAUGCUGACAGAAAACAACAGCAAGCGCUGAAUAAAUCAUCCACUCGUCUUUUGGACGAUUUCUUGACCAACUCGUAUCUUCCCCAGCUUGAAAACUCGCUUCUAAGUUCAUUCCAAAACAUCAUGCUUGACCCCCUGUCAACACAAAUCGACCCCCACUGGUCUAAGGUAGCUAAAAGACCGGUAUUACAAGGAGCUAUUUCAUUUAUUAGACUGAUUAAAAUGACCUGUAAACUGCUCAACACAGGAUACAUGUACAGAGAGAAAUAUGCUUCACUGAUCAUUUCUGCGAUUGGGUGGUUGACCAAUUUCUAUACCAGUCGUUAUAACGAGUUUGUCGAGGGUCAUUAUGAAGAAGUGCCAGCCGGAACCAACGUAGUUCCAAAGAAAAUGGCUGCUGAGCUAGCUAACGACGCUGUUGCAAGGAAUCUGGCGUUGACUAUUAUGCAUUCGGUGCCUCAUACCGAUGAAUCAGAGCAGAGCAUUGCCGAUGAAAUCGGAGUGUUUUUAAGACGGAGAAUUAGUCAGACAAGUACUGAUGACAGAACAAGGCGUCGGGUGAUGCAGAACGACCUACUUGAGAUUGAAAGUUAUCGAUUCCUAUCCGUAAUGACAACGAGUAUUAGAUGGAUUGUACUAGAGCUGGAAAAAAUGCGUAAAGUGACUGAUGUUGAGACCGAUCCCGAAAACGAAGACGGCGAUGGACUGGACUCCAGUGCUACUUUGCAAGCACGGAUCAAGAAGAGAUGGACUCUACUGGAAGCCAACCACGUUGGUCAGUCGUUUAGUGACGAUACCGAGUAUCUCACUUUGGCAGGAAAAUCAGUUCAAGAUUUCGACAACUCCAUCUCUGCCCUUGGUACCCUGGCCGAAACAUGUGUAGUUACUCUACGGUUUGAUCUGCGAUUCCGGUCGGUUUACUUCAUUGAUCGAACGAUGGUCGAAGGUGACUAUUACCUGGAAUCCGAUGUCGAAGAACGGGAUGCCUUUAUUGGCCUUCUCGAUACCAGUAUUGUCAGCUGCGACGAAGCAAUUGGCGAAGCACUCGUACGAAAAGACCGUGAUGCCGUUAUCAGAGGGCUUGCUAAAACAUUGAACGCUCUGCUCAUAUAUGGAGCAGACAGCCUGCGCAAAAUCAACAGCAACGGCGUGAACAAGAUGUACUGCAACAUCCUCGUCCUCCAGCAGAUGCUGAAAUCAGUGGCUGUCGACCCGAAAGACGUUGAUUUCUCGUUGGCCAUGGAAUUCUACGGCCAUCUCAACCAGUCACCAGGCGUUCUCAUUGAGCGACUGCGCAAAAACGACACCAACAUCGGCUCCGACGAGGCCAAAAUCAUCUGCCGUCUCCUCCACAAUGACAUCAUUUACAAGCACGAGCAAGCCAGUCGUCGCGAAGCUGCCAGCCAGGCCAAACGACAAAUGGACGCCCAAAUCAAGGAGAUCCACCAGAUCUUCUGGGGAUCAGACCGCAUCGCCGUCAAAGAGUAG